AUGGCCACCGAAACUCAGGGCACCUUUGAGGUGGACGGUCACAAGUUACAUAGCACGACAUGGACGCCGCAAGGCCCGAUCAAGGCUAAGCUCAUCUUCGUCCAUGGCUUCAGCGACCACGUAGGCCGCUACCACGAGCUGUUCCCGUACCUCGCGAGCCGCGGCAUCCAGGUCUUCAGCUGGGACCAGCGUGGAUGGGGCCGCAGCGCCCCGAAACCCGCUGAUAGGGGCCUCACGGGCUCGACAUCGCGCGUGAUCGCCGACGUGGCCGCCUUCAUCCGCGAUAAAAUCCCGUCUUCGUCCUCGGCGGACGCGAAUGCACCCGUCUUCGUGAUGGGUCACUCCAUGGGCGGCGGCCAGGUCCUCGUGCUAGCGAGCAAUCCGCAGUACAACGAUCUCGUCGCCCAGGUGCGUGGGUGGCUCCUCGAGAGCCCCUUCAUUGCCUUCACGCCCGGUCAAGAGCCUAGCUUCCUCAAGGUCUUCUUCGGCAAGCUCGCGAGCCGCGUGCUGCCGCGCCAACAGCUCGUCAACGAGAUUCCCGCAGAGAACCUCACGCGCGACCCGGUGGUGCAGCAGAGCAUCCGCGACGAUGAUAUGUUGCACAACACAGGCACACUGGAAGGGCUCGCGGGCAUGCUCGAGAGAACAGACGCGCUCGCUAACGGCAAGAUGCGACUCAGCCCAGAGGUUAAGAGCCUGUGGCUCGGCCACGGCACCGAGGACAAGACGACAUGCUUCCAUGCCAGCAAGAAGUGGCUCGGCGCCCAGAGCAUCGACGACAGCACGCACAAGCCGUACGAGGGCGCGUACCAUCAGCUGCACGCGGACUUGUGCAAGGACGAGUUCUUCAAGGAUGUCGGGGACUGGAUCCUCGAGAGGGCCGGGGAGACUAUGGCAAGGCCCGAGUCCAAGCUGUAG